UAUCAUUAUAUAUCAUAUUAAAUGAUUUGAUAUGCAUUAAUAUAAUCACUGAAAUUGAUAUAGCAUUAUACCAUAUUCUAGUGAUAUGAUACAAAAUUAUAUAUCAUGCUAUACUAUAAUGAUUAAUAUACAUAUCAUUAUAUUAAAUAUUCCACUACAUUUGUAUUUGUUGCGCGCACGAAUAAUUAAGAAAUGUUAUUUAAUUUUAUUUGACAAUUAAAUAUAUAAGUAUAAUUAACAACGAUAAAUUAAAUUAUUCUAAAGAAAAUAAAUCAAUAAUUCGUACAGAAACAUAUAACGUAUGUUAUAUCGUCUUUUUAUAAUUGUUUCUUAUUUCAUAUAUAUCAAUAAAUAUUUUUUUUAUUCAAUAUAGCAAAUCAAAUAUAAUAAUUAUUUUUUAAGUAGUAAAAUUAAUAACAGAAAUUUAAAACUACAUAAUAAUGUAUAUAUAAACAAUAAAAGCAUAUAUUUAAUUUAGAAGAAAUAGUCGAAUUACAAUUUUUUUCAAAUGUACAAUAAGAUGUUUCAAAUAAAAAAUAAACAGAUAUAUUUAAUGAAAUUAUAUCGCUUUGAUAUUUUCAUACUUACAUACAUAAUUUAAUUUUUUUUAUCAUUAAUUUUUUUUAUUUUUACUCAUAUUUUAUGUUAAAAAGAUGUUUCAAUUGUUCUUUUAUUAAUUAGAAAAAUUAUUAAAUUAAUUACAACCUUUCAAAUUUUUUUUAUUAUUUAAUUUUAUUAUUUAUUAAAAUAUUAAAAUAUUUAUUUUUUUUAAUUAAAAUAAAGAAUAAAUAUUUUAUAAUAUCUUAUAUGAUACAAUAAAGAUAUGUUAAAUAUAAAAUUAUAUAGAUAGUAAUUCAACGACUUGUAUUUUUGAUUGAGAUGGUAAAGGAUCGGUUAAAUUCGGUUUUAACCGAACUUACCCGAAAGUUAUAUUUCGCUAGUUACUGGCUACCUUCACCAUGGGUGUUUUCACCUCUUUGUUGGUUUCUGAUGAAAAGUUUGUUCGUUUAUCGCGUUUGUUCUUGAAAUAAAUAAUCUUAGACGUGUCUAAAAUAUUAUACGGAGUGUGUUCAUUUCGUAAUUAUAUUUUUUGAUGACAGAUUGGGUCUGUGUUUUAUUUUUCGCUGUUUUCAGUAUCGCACAUGUGAAAAUUAGGAUUUUGACGGAUCUGAUUUAAUGCAAUGGCGACGUUACUUUCCAUUAUAUUGUCUACGUUUCUUUUUACCGUUGAUUAUUAUUGUGCUUCUAAAAAUUCUUGCAAUUAUGCAAUAUCAGUGCUAAAAAAUCAACAAUAGAAAAGGAAUGAUCUUCUUCUGGUGUAAGACAAUUUAUAUUGUUCCUGGAUAUUAUGAACCGGUGGAUCUAAUUUAAAUCGAGCGGGCUCUCUUAUAAAAAAUAUAUAUUUUUUUAAUUUUAUCGUAAAUUUUUAUGAUGUUUUUUUGAAGAAAUAUUAUUUAUUUAAUAGAAAAAAAAAUCUAUAAUGAAUUCAUAAAAAAGUAUUAAUUUUAAAUUGAAAUUGGAUUUUAUUUAUUAUAUAUUUUUUUAAUUUUAUAUUUUAAAAAUUUGUUAAAGAUAUUUUUAUAUUUAUUUCUUAUUUAAAAAAUGAUUAUAUAUUUGCAUUUAUAUAUUUGAAUACGUUUAUUAAAAAUGAUUUAAAUAUAAUCAAAUAUUUAAAUAAAUCUUUAUAUUUUACAUCUCUGAAUUAAUUUUUUUAUUGUUUUUAAAAAAAAUUUUAUUUUUUUAUAUUGUAAUAAAAAAUAUAGAUUAAAUUCUAAAAUUAUAAAAAAUUUAUUUUUCAUAAUUUUCUCAUUUAAAUAAUUUUAAUAUUUAUAUUAAAUUUAUAUAAUUAUAUAUAAAUUUCUUAUUAAAUUUAUUGUUUUUUAAUUAUGAUUUUUUUAAAGUUUAAAUAAUUAUUAUAACAAAAUUUUAAUGGUAAAAUGACCAAUAGAAAUAUAUUAUUAGUAUUAAUAAAACAAUAUUAAUACAAUAUCAUUGUUUUAAUAGCAUUAAUAGUACAAAUAUCUAUGCAAUUGGUGUUUUGCAACCUAACCUGAAUUGUAAAGGGUCAUAUUAUGACGUCAAGUUUAGAUCAACACGACAUGACGAAAAUGCAUAUUCUUACUAGUAAAACAUAUAUCUCUUUUUUGCAUUAUAAUAAUAUAGUUGUUUUUUAUAGUGAUGUGAUAAAAUGUUAUCAUUAAAAUAAACUAAAUACCAAUUUUUAGUUGAGUGCAAGGUCUUAAGUCUGAUGAGAUGUGUUUAUAAGACUUAAUUUUUUUAAUGAGUGUCAGAUGUUUGAAAUUGAACUAGAAGUGGGGAUUGGAAGGAGUGCAAGUGGUCGAAGGAACGAUCGGCGUCGGGCGGAGUCGACGGCCGUCACAGUCGAUAUCCAUGCAAAAGGAUCAAACAUAAAAUAUUGGAAGAACAUUUGCAAAAAGAAUUUUUAUAUUUCAUGACUCAGUGACAGUGAAUUUGAAUAUUGGACAAAUUUAAAACUACAUACAAAAAAUGGGUAAUUGUUUCAGCAGUCCAACAGAUACAGAGAAAGAAAAGCCUGAUAGAAUAGGCAAUCCAAAUAUAGAGGCAGUUGCAUCUCAAGCUAGUCCAGUGCCAACACCACCUCCAGAUCCUAUCAGGCCUAUGCCACAAAUUCCAGAUGCGGAUGUGCCAACUGCAAAAAUUUUUGUUGCACUUUAUGAUUAUGAUGCACGUACAGAUGAAGAUUUAAGCUUCAGAAAAGGUGAACAUUUAGAAAUUUUAAAUGAUACUCAAGGAGAUUGGUGGUUAGCUAGAAGUAAAAGAACUCGACAAGAAGGAUAUAUUCCCAGCAAUUAUGUUGCAAAGUUAAAGUCUAUAGAAGCAGAACCAUGGUAUUUUAGAAAAAUUAAACGAAUUGAAGCGGAAAAGAAAUUAUUACUUCCUGAAAAUGAUCAUGGUGCAUUUUUAAUCAGAGAUUCUGAAAGCCGACAUAAUGAUUAUUCUCUUUCAGUACGUGAUGGUGAUACAGUUAAACAUUACCGCAUUAGACAAUUAGAUGAAGGUGGUUUCUUUAUAGCUAGAAGAACUACAUUUAGGAAUCUUCAAGAUCUUGUUGAACAUUACAGUAAAGAUGCUGAUGGAUUAUGUGUAAAUCUCUGCAAGCCCUGUGUACAGGUUGAGAAACCUGUAACUGAGGGUCUUAGUCAUCGCACACGAGAUCAAUGGGAGAUUGACCGUUCUUCUCUCAAAUUUGUAAGAAAAUUAGGCCAAGGUCAAUUUGGAGAAGUGUGGGAAGGAUCAUGGAAUAAUACAACUGCAGUUGCAAUAAAAACACUCAAACCAGGAACUAUGGAUCCUAAAGAUUUCUUGGCAGAAGCACAAAUCAUGAAGAAACUUCGUCAUGCAAAAUUAAUUCAAUUAUAUGCUGUAUGCACUUUAGAAGAACCCAUUUAUAUUAUCACAGAAUUGAUGAGGAAUGGUAGCUUGUUAGAAUAUUUGCAAGGAAAAGGAAAAACAUUAAAUCUGCAACGAUUAAUUGAUAUGGCUGCACAAAUUGCAGCAGGUAUGGCUUAUCUCGAAUCACAAAAUUAUAUUCAUAGGGAUUUAGCUGCUCGUAAUGUGUUGGUAGCAGAAUUAAAUGUCGUGAAGAUAGCAGAUUUUGGUUUAGCUAGACUAAUUAAAGAAGAUGAAUAUGAAGCCCGAAUAGGUGCACGCUUUCCAAUUAAAUGGACUGCACCUGAAGCUGCAAAUUAUAGUAAAUUCAGUAUUAAAUCUGAUGUAUGGUCAUUUGGUAUUCUUCUUACUGAAUUGGUUACUUAUGGAAGAAUACCAUAUCCUGGUAUGACAAAUGCAGAAGUUCUUCAUCAAGUAGAACAUGGCUAUAGAAUGCCAUGUCCACCUGGUUGUCCAACUGCAUUGUAUGAUAUUAUGUUAGAAUGUUGGAAUAAAGAUCCAAUGAAGAGGCCAACUUUUGAAACAUUGCAAUGGAAAUUGGAAGAUUUCUUCACUAUGGAAGGUUCUGAGUAUAAGGAAGCAUCUGCAUAUUAAAGUACUAAAACAUUUUAUAAUUUCUUGGUUAUUUCGUUAAUACUUAUUGACAAGAUAUAAUAGAUAUUUUUGAAUGAGCAACGAGAUAGAUGCAAAUUAUUAUAUAACAAUUAUAUUCAGAACGCGAAUGUUUGUGAUAUUUAAGAGUAUACUUUAUACUAAAAGACAGUCUUCUUUCUAUAAAAUAUGAAUGAUAUCAUUCAUUUUUUCAGCAAUACAAUUAUUGCUUUUGUUAUAUAUUCUGGCUGCCAUAAAAUUGUAGAACAAUUUUGUCAAUUCAUAAUGAUUAUAUAUAAACAAACAUUGAAAUGUUAAUUAAUCGUUUUUAAGAGAGCGUAAUUUACAUUUCAUUUUAAAAAAAUGACAUUUUUGACAUAUAAAUGUCAAUUAUUAUUCAACACUUUUUGAACAAUAUCUAUGGGAGUUAACAUUUUGUAAUAAUUAAAAAUUUAUUAUUUACAAAUCUAUAAUGCAGUUUUCAGAAAUAUUGACAAAUUUGACACAGUUAAAAAAUUUUCAACACAGUAUAGAUAAUUCACUUAAAUUUUCUAAGGAAUGAUUUAUUAGGAACUUGAAGUAUUUACUAACAAUAAAAAGAAUUAUUAUUCAUCUUGGCUCAUCAUUCCUUCUUUUAUAUAUGUAUAUAUACUAAAUAUAUAUGUAUGUUUGUAUAAACACAUUUUUAUUAUUAUCAUAAAUGUUAAUUUGUUUAA